CUACUUUAGCAGAUAAUCAGCACUAUGGAAACUCAGGUGGCAAAUGGUCCUACAAGCAACAACACAUCCAAUGGCCCAUCCCUCAACAGCACAAACUGCUCCAUACCAAUGAUGGCUGGGCCCUCUGACGACAGCAAGACUAAUCUCAUCGUCAACUACCUACCACAGAACAUGACACAGGAGGAGUUCAAGAGCCUCUUUGGCAGCAUCGGGGAAAUUGAAUCGUGCAAGCUCGUCCGUGAUAAGAUCACAGGCCAGAGCUUAGGAUACGGAUUCGUAAACUACGUGGAUCCAAAUGACGCAGACAAAGCCAUUAACACCUUAAACGGACUCAAGCUGCAAACUAAAACUAUCAAGGUUUCCUAUGCCCGGCCCAGCUCUGCCUCCAUUCGAGAUGCUAACCUGUACGUCAGCGGGCUCCCCAAGACCAUGAGCCAGAAAGAGAUGGAACAACUCUUCUCACAGUAUGGCAGAAUCAUCACCUCACGCAUCCUCGUCGACCAAGUUACAGGUGUCUCUCGAGGGGUUGGCUUCAUCCGAUUUGACAAGAGGAUAGAGGCAGAGGAAGCAAUUAAGGGGCUGAAUGGGCAAAAACCCCUAGGAGCAACUGAGCCCAUCACAGUGAAGUUCGCAAACAACCCCAGUCAAAAGACUGGCCAGGCACUGCUGUCUCAGCUGUACCAGUCAACAAGCCGGAGAUACCCUGGCCCCCUGCAUCACCAGGCACAGAGAUUCAGGCUGGACAAUUUACUUAACAUGGCCUACGGCGUGAAGAGGCAGAUGAUGGGGCCUUGCAGCCCUCUCUCUCUGUCCACCAGGUUCUCUCCGAUCACAAUCGAAGGGAUGACGAGCCUCGCUGGCGUGAACCUCUCGGGCCCCACGGGCACCGGCUGGUGCAUCUUUGUGUACAACCUCUCCCCCGAGGCGGACGAGAGCGUCCUCUGGCAGCUGUUUGGGCCCUUCGGGGCGGUCACCAACGUCAAGGUCAUCCGCGACUUCAACACCAACAAGUGCAAAGGCUUUGGCUUCGUCACCAUGACCAACUACGAUGAGGCGGCCAUGGCUAUCGCCAGCCUGAACGGCUAUCGCCUCGGCGACCGGGUCCUGCAGGUGUCCUUCAAAACAAGCAAGACACACAAGUCGUGA